AUGGCGGUGAAUGUAUUCUCCAUCUCUUCGGCUGUAGAGAACCUGAGUCGUCAUGACAUGCUGGCCUGGGUCAAUGACUCUCUACAGCUCACCUACACCAAGAUAGAGCAACUGUGCUCAGGUAACACACUCAAUCAUUACAAUUCAUUAUAUUACAGGUAACACACUCACUCAAUCAUUACAAUUCAUUAUAUUUCAUUACAUAUAUUCAUAAACAAUAUGUGCUAACUUAUAAAUGCCUCAUGUUGAUACAACUGUAGUAUUUAAUCACAACCUAGUCCUUUGUUUAUGUUGUGUGUGUGUGUGUGUGUAUAUAGGUGCAGCGUAUUGUCAGUUUAUGGACAUGCUGUUUCCUGGCUGUGUCCUGCUGAAGAAGGUGAAGUUCUCAGCCCGGCUGGAACAUGAGUUCAUCAACAACUUCAAGGUCCUACAGGCCUCCUUCAAGAGGAUGGGGGUAGACAAGGUACCAACACACACCCUAACACACACACACACCCUAACACACACACACACACACCAGAGGAGGCUGGUGUGGGGAGGACAGCUCAUAAUAAUGUCUAAAGGAAACCAUGUGUUUGAUAUAUUUGAUACCAUUCCACUCAUUACAACGAGUCUGUCCUCCUUAAUUAAGGUGCGACCAACCUCCUGUGCCUCACCCAAACACACACACACCUACAGGCCUCCUCCAAGGUGCAUCAUCAUCCUUAAGUGUGUACAGUUGAUUGUGUAGCUCAAUUAAGUCACUUUAAAACUGGGAAUCAUUAAUGGUGAAACUGUCACGUCUGUUUGGGAUAUUAUAUUAAACCUGGAAUCAUUAAUGGUGAAACUGUCACGUCUGUUUGGGAUAUUAUAUUAAAGCUGGAAUCAUUAAUGGUGAAACUGUCACGUCUGUUUGGGAUAUUAUAUUAAAGCUGGAAUCAUUAAUGGUGAAACUGUCACGUCUGUUUGGGAUAUUAUAUUAAAGCUGGAAUCAUUAAUGGUGAAACUGUCACGUCUGUUUGGGAUAUUACGACAGAGAAGUUACUGUAUACAGUGAACACUGUUUUUUUCCUCUGACAUCAUUGCAUGCAGGAUAGAACAGCAGAAUAUGUUCUGCACUUUGUUUUAGCCCUGCCGGACGCUCCUCACCUCCGCUUUGGUCAACAAAACAAUAACAAAGCAGCUGAGGCCAACAGUGGCGCUGUUUCCUCUAAUGCGGACUGUUUCCUCUAAUGCAGACUGUUUCCUCUAAUGCGGACUGUUUCCUCUAAUGCGGACUGUUUCCUCUAAUGCGGACUGUUUCCUCUAAUGCGGACUGUUUCCUCUAAUGCGGACUGUUUCCUCUAAUGCGGACUGUUUCCUCUAAUGCGGACUGUUUCCUCUAAUGCGGACUGUUUCCUCUAAUGCGGACUGUUUCCUCUAAUGCGGACUGUUUCCUCUAAUGCGGACUGUUUCCUCUAAUGCAGACUGUUUCCUCUAAUGCGGACUGUUUCCUCUAAUGCGGACUGUUUCCUCUAAUGCGGACUGUUUCCUCUAAUGCGGACUGUUUCCUCUAAUGCAGACUGUUUCCUCUAAUGCGGACUGUUUCCUCUAAUGCGGACUGUUUCCUCUAAUGCGGACUGUUUCCUCUAAUGCGGAUUUGGACUAGCCUCGUAUGAACCAUCCUGAUCUUGUGAGCUUACAUUGUGUUUGGCUACACGGAUACAGUCUGGACACGACCACAUUCAAACCGCUUGAGCCCGUCCCUCUCCUUGCACCGUAUGGCCGGACCAAUCAGCGUCCUUGAUAAUCUGGGGUGGUUUAGUUGAUGGCGACCAUGAGAAGCACUGAAGUCAAAUCAUAACAACAAUGGCUGCUCUUGAGGAGGUUGGCAGCACUUAUAUCAGAACUGCAGGGCAGAACUUCAUUGAAAGAACUGCAGAUAACUGCAUUGACUCUACUGUUUCACUCUUCUCCAGACUGAGCCCAACUCUCACUGUUGUGUCGUUGUUGGAGGACCAGAUCAGAGAGGCUGUGAAGCUGGGGAUCACUGUUGUGUCGUUGUUGGAGGACCAGAUCAGAGAGGCUGUGAAGCUGGGGAUCACUGUUGUGUCGUUGUUGGAGGACCAGAUCAGAGAGGCUGUGAAGCUGGGGAUCACUGCUAUGCAACUCGGUGGAAAAAAUUACACAGACAUCCUCCAUGGACGUUGCCAGAUUGUUUUUGGUAGCCCAGAGACUUGCUUGCCGAAGUGA